AUGGAUGCAUUGAAAAAAGUUCAUAACGGCAAAAUGAACUUGAAAAUCGCAUGUUCUCAAGAAUGGAAAGAAGCGAGACUUUCAACGGGUUUAACAGACAAAGAAAUACUUCCAUUCGAUUGGACAUUCACUACUGAUUAUCAAGGCACUUUGGUCGGUGACUGGUUGAUUGAAGACUGCAAAGAAGAGAUUGAUUACGAACGUCUCAAACAAAAAGACAAAAUACUGUUUUUCAAUGAACUCACAUUAUUCGAAGACGAACUUCAUGAUAACGGGAUUGCUCAGCUGUCUGUGAAAGUUAGAGUUAUGGAAUGGGGAUUUUUCGUACUGUUGAGAUUCUUCCUUCGGAUCGAUAAUGUUCUUAUUAGAGCGUUCGAUACUAGGAUAUUCCACGAGUUUGAUAAAGAUUUUGUGAUCAGAGAAAUCAAUGCCAGAGAAGCAAAAGUUUGCGAUUUGAAGGAUCCUUCAGUUUCUAUUAAACCACAAGCCGAAGUUGUACCUCUCAUACCACUAAUAGAAUCUAAAAUUGAAAAACUACGAGUAAAACCAACGCCGGACUGA